AUGGCCGGCUAUCUCUCCGUUCCCGCCCUCGAAGCACUGGUCAACAAGUUUCUAGAAGACCGCACCAACGAGAUCACGUACAUUGCCAUGAUCUCCGGUCUUCUCAACUACUAUUUCUCUCUGGAUAACGACUUCACAAUCUUCUUCCACCCCCCAUCCAAGGACGUUCCCGCCUACUUUGUCAUCCAGCGGCUCCUGCGCUGGUUGUCUGAUCCAGCAAUUACUCCUCUGAUCGAUCAUCUCGUCGUCGUUGCUAGCCCUCUUACGACCCAAAAGAACUCAAAGCCUGCCCAGAAAGGUUUCUUCGCGAGUGCCCUCGAGGAACUCGACGUUCGGUUCCGCCCACUUGAGACCGUCCUUCGACACGGCCCGGCGGAAAGAUAUUCAUACUGGGUCAUGUUCUUCGACGCCGAUUUAAUCACUUUUCACAAGUACGAUUGCCAAGGCAAGGUUGUCGACUGGCUAGAGCCUUUGUCAAUCUGGGGCCCGGAUGACAGGCCUGCUUUGCCUACUGAGUUUACGCUGCAGCAGUAUGCUGGGGUGAUUGACUGGAUGUUGAGGUACAUGCGCCGAGACGUCGAGGUGGCGGUUGAUGGGACAGUUGAGGGACUCUGA